GGCUUGUCAGAUGAUCACCAUCUUCCUUAUCACACUUCCUGUUGUCCUUUGCUCCCCUCCUUCAUUUAGUGUGCUGGAAGAUGAAGGCACUAAUCGAUCAUCCAUCCGUUUUCUGGUGGUUGGAGACUGGGGCGGUUUACCCAAUGCACCCUUCAUCACGCCUGUAGAGUGGGCUACAGCACAGGAAAUGGGCCGAACUGCUGAGCAGCUUGGAGCUGACUUUGUUUUAGCCCUUGGCGAUAAUUUUUACUAUAGAGGAGUAACGAGUGUGGAUGACCCCAGGUUUCAGGAGACAUUUGAGAACGUCUUUACUGCUAAAUCUCUCAAUAUCCCAUGGUAUGUUGUUGCUGGCAACCACGACCAUGCAGGAAGUGUUCGUGCCCAGAUUCAGUACAGCAAAAUGUCUCGACGAUGGAAUUUCCCCUAUUAUUACUAUGAACUGAAGUUCCACAUCCCACACACCAAUGCCACUCUGCAUGUGCUAAUGUUGGACACAGUGCUUCUUUGUGGAAACACUGAUGACUUCCAGGAUGGAACACCAAGUGGGCCUGCAAGUAGUGUGUUGGCCAACCACCAGCUGCUGUGGCUGCAGGAACGCAUGCAGAGCUCCACAGCUGAUUUCCUGCUUGUGGCUGGUCAUUAUCCUGUCUGGUCAGUGUCCAAACAUGGGCCCACUGACUGCCUGUUGAGAAGGCUUCGCCCCUUGUUGGUGAAGUACAAAGCCACAGCUUACCUGUGUGGACAUGAUCACAACCUGCAGUAUUUCCAGGAGUCCAGUGUUGGUUAUGUUGUGAGCGGUGCUGGAAACUUCAUUGACCCAGACAUGAGGCAUAGAAACUCUGUUCCUCGAGAUUCUCUGAAGUUCUUCACAGGCAAAUCCUCUACGCUUGGUGGCUUUGCUCACAUGGAGGUUACAGAUAAAAAACUAACUGUAACCUUCAUCCAAGCAAGAGGAACUUCACUGUAUCGCACUGUGCUACCUAAACGCAACUUGUAAUUCACACGUUUUAAUUUUUAGUGCAUGCUUGUAAUUGACUCCAAUCUAAAUUUUAUGAGUUUUACAGCUUUGAAUGCUUUCUAGCUUGUAUAAGUUUUAUAUGUAUUAAAAAUUAAAUGUAUUGUUUUAAAUGCAAAUAAAUGAUCUUUUGAUUUAAGAGCAAA